AGGCGAAACGGCGACUUCAGUUGAUUAUCUCUCUUUCCUUUGCUAUCCAAUGGAUAUUCACUGCAAAGCAGACCCCUUUACAGCGAUGCACCCUCGGCACGGAGGUGUGAACCAGCUCGGCGGGGUGUUUGUGAACGGCAGACCCCUUCCGGACGUGGUGAGGCAGCGGAUCGUGGAGCUGGCCCACCAGGGCGUCCGGCCCUGCGACAUCUCCAGGCAGCUGCGGGUCAGCCACGGCUGCGUCAGUAAGAUCCUGGGCAGAUACUACGAGACUGGCAGCAUCAAACCAGGGGUGAUUGGUGGGUCUAAACCUAAAGUGGCCACGCCAAAGGUCGUGGACAAAAUCGCAGACUACAAGAGGCAAAACCCAACCAUGUUUGCCUGGGAGAUCCGAGACAGGCUGCUGGCAGAGGGCGUCUGCGACAACGACACUGUUCCCAGCGUCUCAUCCAUUAACAGGAUCAUCCGAACAAAAGUCCAGCAGCCUUUCCAUCCAUCUCCAGAUGGGACAUCCCUGUCAGCACCAGGCCAUACUAUAGUACCAAGCACAGCCUCUCCGCCUGUAACCAGCGCCUCCAAUGACCCUGCAGGAUCGUACUCCAUCAAUGGGAUUCUGGGUAUUCCACGAUCCAAUGGUGAAAAGAGGAAACGAGAUGAAGAUGGUUCAGAUGGUUCUGGCCCAAACAGUGAUUCUCAGGGUAGUGUGGAGAGUUUACGGAAACACCUUAGGGCAGAUGCCUUCACUCAGCAGCAGCUGGAAGCAUUGGACCGGGUCUUUGAACGCCCCUCUUACCCUGACGUCUUCCCUACAUCGGAGCAUAUCAAACCUGAACAGGCUAAUGAGUACUCGCUCCCUGCCCUGAAUUCCAGCCUGGACGAAGUCAAGCCCAGUUUAUCUUCUAGCGCCAACCCAGACCUGGGCCCCAGUGUGUCACAAAGCUACCCUGUAGGUCGAGAUAUGGCCAACACAACCUUACCUGGGUAUCCCCCUCAUGUACCCCCCACAGGCCAGGGCAGCUACCCCACCUCCACUCUGGCUGGAAUGGUUCCUGGGAGUGAGUUUUCGGGGAACCCCUACAGUCAUCCGCAGUACACAACCUACAAUGAAGCCUGGCGAUUCAGCAACCCAGCAUUACUAAGUUCCCCUUAUUAUUAUAGUGCCGCAUCGAGAGGCUCCGCCCCUCCCACUGCUGCCACUGCCUAUGACCGUCACUAGUUACCAUGGAAACCAAAUCAACCUGCAGGACCAUGGCCUUAGCCUCCAUAUUGCCCGGUGUGAACGGCAUGGUCCACUGGACACUGAGCAACUGCGCAUAAAAUGUUCCCGGCUCACACAAUGACAAACUUAACAGUUUUUGGGACUCCAGACUUCUUCUCUCCUCUCUCCUCGCAGCUUUUUUGGACACUCAAAGCCAAAAAAAAAAAAAAAAGAUCUACAAGACAUCACCAGAGACACUGAAAGUUGCUACACACACAUGAUGAAAACUGUGACUAAUUUCAGUGGUUUAAAAAAUGAAAAAGAAGAAGACUGAAAACAAAAAUAUCAGACUUUAUUUCCCCCCCUGUAGCAGCGUCACAGUUUCAUCCAUGGAUCAAUACUGUACAUUCCUUUUCUUGACGGCUCUCAGCAGGGACUCCGUCCAGAGCUUAAGAUGUAGCAGCAGCCUUUUUUUCCCUUUUCCAUUCUUCUCCCUCUCGAUUCAGAUGGCAGUGCAGUGAGAUCAGAGGAGAUUAGCAGCAGCACAUGCAGGCUGUGGCAGGCUAAUGUUGUUUUUAUCAAUCUGAACAGUCACUGACUAAACAUCCAGCAUGAGUACAUCGAUCGCUUUUGAUGCCAUGAGAAGAUUAGGACAUGUUCUCUGUGAUACACAAUCAAGAUGUAAAAAUGAAAAUGAAAUAAAUGAACAUCCGUUUGAAAAUAGAGGGAGCCAUGACAAUAUAUCACCAUGGCCCGCUAUUUGCAAGAUUUCAAGAAACUAGUAAAUAUAUUCUUAAAAUAAUUUUUUUAUUUCAUUUUUAUAAUUCGUAACGACUAAACGGCUGACUGCUUGGCUAGUGUUUUACUAUUUCUUAUUUGUCGGGAUACAAGAGGUCAUCAGGCAAAACCCUUUGAGUUGUUUUGUUAAUUUUGCACUAUUUUGGAGGUUUGCAACACUGGAGCGUUAUUAUGCAGAAAAUUGAUGAUGCAUAUUUGCUUUAUUUCAUGAAACUUGACUAACAGUCUAAUAAGUCUCAGUCUGAAAAGGCACUUACAGUUUCACAGUUUUUCCUGUAAUUCAAGGCUCAUUAUGUCACUGCCUUGACGUGCACUACUAUGUUCUCACAGCUUACAUUUUUAUUUCAAAUGAUUAAGUCUUUGGCAUUCAACCACAGAAAAGGAGAUAACAGCCAUCCCAAGUCAAACCAGUGUCAUCAUUUGUCUAGUUUAAUGCCACAAUCGUCCAGAUUCACCCUGAUUGGGUGAUUCUUAAGACUCCAACAACGUCAAAAAGCAGGGCGACGGUUUCAGCUAAAUGCCUUAAACAUGUUCCCUCCUAACUUCAGCUCCCUCACAUGUUUCAGGCCAAGUCAUUUCUUUGAAUCAAGCUGGAAUGAUGGUUUCCUCAUCUGUCAAGUGAAUGUAUUUGCAUUUGCCAAAGACUUAGUUCUUGUUCAUGUUUAUUUACAGGUCGCCUAUAUGCUAUCAUGAGAGCAGUAUUAUUAUUAGAAAAAGCCCACAUUGUUCACGAGGAAAAGUAUAUGUAUAAAUUCUAUGCAGUGCAGAGAUGGUCAUCAUAUGCAUAUUCAGCUGUAAACCUAAAGGUAGGUGGAGUUUAUUUAAUUGUUAUGUUAUUUACAAAUUGUUCAUUUUGUAGAAGGAUUUUUUGUGUGUGAUGUGAAGACACUUCUCUGUAAAUACAGUAAGAAAUAAUGUCUUUCAUGUUCAUGGGUAUUAUCACUUUCAUUAUGCUGGUCUCACUUGUACAAUAAUAAAAGUGUCUGAAAUC